UAGGGAGGAGGUUUUGAGCAGCGAGGUGGCGUGACCAAGCAGUGGUGAAAGCAUUAACCUGCUGGCAGGCAUCAUACAAGUGGCCUGCAAGGGCACGUCUUGAGAAGCAGCAAGACUUGUUUGAAGGCCGUUGCAAGGAGUAAGGAGGAUCUGGGCUGCUUUAAUGACUGUGGGGAAAAAAAUUUUUUUUUAAGUCGGGUAAAAUGAGAUUAAAAAGGAAGACUCAACAGGACUUGGUAACAAACCCAAGUGGAGCAGAAUCAAAAGAGUGAUAGGGUCCAAUCCUAGACAAUGAAGGAGGGCUUGAAGCAGAUGAACUUAAAGCAAAAAGCACCCACCUGGGGGAGGAAGACAUUGUUUGAGUUGUUAGUAGAACAUUCAGGUGAAGACGGUCCAUCAGGCUUUUGGAACCAGAGCAGCUGAAACCGGAAAGGAGGGAUCAGGAGAUAAAUGCAGGACAGAUGAGGAUAAAGGCGAAAUCUCUGCCCUUGAACAUGUUCUCCAAGGAAAAGAGUAAAGUGGGAAAAGAGCAGAGAACAGAGGUUUUAUCUUUGUGGAAGGCCUGUAUCCAGGGUGGUAAGGAGGAGGAGGAGGCCCCAAAAGAUGGGGAGAUAUGCAGCUGGAGAACAGCCCCUUUAUGCCCAGGAGGUAAGAGGUUACAGAGAAAAGCCAGGGAUAAUGACCUCUGGUAAAGCCCACAGAAGCUGGCUGGGAGUUUCCUUUUCAAGUAGAUGGACAGAGAUCAGAUUGCAUGGUAAUAUGGACACAGCACAGGGGGGAAUUCAAGAUCAUGUCUUAAAAUAACUCAGCAUUUAAAAAAACAAACAAACAACAACAACAACAAAAACCCCCUAGGUCUGAGGGCUUUGCAUCUGGGAAUAUGGGAAUAGGAAAGAUAAAGCAGCAGGGAUAGCAGCCUCUGAGAUGCUAGAGUCCUAGCCGGCCUUGCCAUGGUGUGGCCUUUACUCUGAAACCUGCUUCUUAGCUACAUUUAUGCAAAGUUCUAAGUCUUACCAGAAUAGAAAGUGAAAGCAAAAAUAAAUUCCCCUCCGUUCAAAUCUGCAACCACAUGGAUUAAGGUUAAAUCUAUUUAUUGAAACAUAUUGUUUAGAGCCUGUGUAACAUAACUGGAGCCAACGCGGUGCUGUGGAGAACCAGAGGAUUUAGCCUGGUUAUUAACUUGUCUUCUAGAGAAUAGAUUUAGUGUCCCACUUUUCUGCAAUGGUUAAUACACAUCGAAAAUUAAUAUUGAAUAUUUACUGCUCAGCAAUCAUCCUGCCCCAAAUAUGUAUUUGUUCUCAGUUCACAAGCUCAUCUAAUGAUCAGUACAAUGAGAACCCUGGGGUUUUUCCAGUAGCCACCAAUGGGGAACCAUUUCCCUGGCGUGAGCUAAGGCUCCCCACCAAGGUCAUUCCCCUCCACUAUGACCUUUUUGUCCACCCAAAUCUUACCUCCCUGGACUUCGUUGCAUCUGAAAAGAUUGAAGUCUUGGUCCGAGAUACCACCCAAUUUAUCAUCUUGCACAGCCAUGGUCUUGAAAUCAUGAAUGCCACUCUUCAGUCAGAGGAAGAUCUGAGAUACAAGAAAUCAGGGGAAAAGCUAACUGUUUUGAGUUACCCUGCUCAUCAGCAAAUUGCACUACUGGUUCCAGAGAAACUUAUGGCUGACCUGAGAUACUCUGUGGCUAUUGACUUCCAGGCCAAACUAGCUGAUGGUUUUGAAGGGUUUUAUAAAAGCACGUACAGAACUCUUGGUGGUGAAACAAGAACAAUAGCAGUAACGGAUUUUGAGCCAACCCACGCACGGAUGGCUUUCCCUUGCUUUGAUGAGCCAUUGUUCAAAGCCAACUUUUCAAUCAAGAUAAGAAGAGAGAGCAGACACAUUGCCCUAUCCAACAUGCCAAAGGUUAAGACAAUUGAACGUGAAGGAGGUCUCUUGGAAGAUCAUUUUGAAACUACUGUAAAAAUGAGUACGUACCUUGUAGCCUACAUAGUUUGUGAUUUUGCCUCUGUGAGUGGCACAGCCUCGUCAGGGGUCAAGGUAUCCAUCUAUGCAUCCCCAGACAAAUGGAGUCAAACACAUUAUGCUUUGGAAGCAUCAUUGAAGCUGCUUGAUUUUUAUGAAAAUUACUUUAACAUCCACUAUCCACUCCCCAAACUGGAUCUAGUUGCCAUUCCUGACUUUGAAAGUGGAGCCAUGGAAAACUGGGGCCUUGUCACAUAUAGAGAGACGUCACUGCUCUUUGAUCCCAAGACCUCUUCCACUUCUGAUAAACUGUGGGUCACCAAAGUCAUAGCCCACGAACUGGCACACCAGUGGUUUGGCAACCUGGUUACAAUGGAGUGGUGGAAUGACAUUUGGCUCAAUGAGGGUUUUGCAACAUACAUGGAACUGAUCUCUGUUAACGUCACAUAUCCAGAGCUACAGUUUGAUAACAUUUUUUUGAACGAUUGCUUUGAAGUAAUUAAGAGUGAUUCAUUAAAUUCAUCCCGUCCAGUCUCCAAGCAAGCAGAAACUCCUACUCAAAUCCAGGAGAUGUUCGAUGACAUUUCCUAUAAAAAGGGAGCUUGUCUUUUGAAUAUGCUCAAGGAUUUUCUGAGUGAGGAGAAGUUCAAGAAAGGGAUUAUUCACUACUUAAAGAAGUUCAGCUAUAGAAAUGCCAAGAAUGAUGAUUUGUGGAGCAGUCUGUCAAAUAGUUGUUUAGAAAGUGAUUUUACAUCUGGUGGAUUCUGCUAUUCCGAUUCCAAGACAACAAGCAACACACUCACCUUUCUGGAGGAAAAUGUGGAGGUCAAAGAUAUAAUGACCACAUGGACUCGUCAGAAAGGAAUACCCCUUGUGGUGGUUGAACAAGAAGGUCGUUUGCUUAAACUGCGGCAGGAGCGCUUCCUGAAUGGGGUUUUCAGAGACGACCCUGAAUGGGGGGCCCUGCAGGAGAGGUACCUUUGGCAUAUCCCAGUGACCUACUCCACAAGCUCCUCUAAUGCUAUUCACAGACACCUUCUGACAUCAAAGACAGAUACUCUGUAUUUACCUGAAAAGACCAGUUGGGUGAAACUCAAUGUGGACUCAAAUGGCUACUACAUUGUCCACUAUGAGGCGCAUGGAUGGGACCAGCUCAUUGCUGUGCUGAAUCAGAACCACACACUUCUCAGACCUAAGGACAGAAUAGGUCUGAUUCAUGAUGCGUUUCAGCUAGUAAGUAUCCCAUCUGAUGUUUUAAAGAUUGUGUAUUCUGUGGGUGCUCAAACAACAGAAGGAUGGAAUUACCUUUUAGAACAAUAUGGACUCUCAUUGUCAGGUGCUGAAAAAAACAAAAUUCUCUAUGCAUUGUCAACCAGCAAACAUCAGGAGAAGUUGAUAAAAUUAAUUGAUCUAGGAAUGGAAGGAAAGGUUAUCAAGACACAGGACUUGGCAUCGCUUCUUUAUGCGAUUGCCAGAAAUCCAAAGGGGCAGCAAUUAGCCUGGAAUUUUGUAAAAGAAAAUUGGACCCAUCUCCUUGAAAGAUUUGAGUUGAGCUCAUUUCCCAUGAGAAUAAUCAUCUCUGGUACAACAUCUCACUUUUCUUCCAAGGAUGAGUUGCAAGAGGUGAAACUGUUCUUUGAAUCUCUUCAGACUCAAGGAUCAUAUUUGGAAAUUUUUCAGAUUGUUUUGGAAACCAUUUCCAAAAAUAUUAAGUGGCUAGAGAAGAAUCUUCCCUCCCUGAGAAACUGGCUACUGAUUAGUAUUUAAAUGGUCAAUAGAAACAACACAUCAGAUGCAAACGGUCUGCGUGAAGUGAGCAAAGCUCAGGUCAGACUUCCAGAUAGUGUAACCAGUAAGAAGCCUCAAGAAAUCAGCCAGCACAGCUACCAUCGCUGGCUGACAGAUGUUUGAUGCUGGGGUGGAGGACGCCCAGUUCAGUAGCCUAUUUUAAAGUAAACUUCCUGAAUAACGGAGAUGUGUGGAGGUGUAGAUAGAUGUAGCUGUAAUAGUUUAGUCCCAACACAGACUGUGUGCAUUACCAUUAUGCAACUACUAUUUUGCUUUUCUGAUGCUUUUUAAACCUUGCAUAGUAUACUGGAAUUAGCCCAUCCAAUCCAUAUAAAAAUCUUUCUUGUGCAUCUUUUCAUCUCCUUAUGCUCUCACUCCCUCAGCUCACCCUGCAUAGUUUAUUUAAUUUUUACCAUUCAUAGAAAAUCUGAAUCAAAUUUAGAAGCAUAAAAUUCAGGAAAACUGAGACUUUAUCACCAACUCUCAGAUUACUAGAAACUAGGUGUCAAAGUUUAUCAAGGACACCAAGAGGUCCUCUUGGCUUGAGCCUCACAUCCAAAAACAGCCUCAAAAAUAGCCUUUUGAAACUAAAAAUAGAAUCAUCAUAUGACGCAGCAAUUCUAUUCCUGGGCAUCUAUCCAGAAAAGGCCAUGACGCGAAAAGAUUUAUGUAUCCCAGUGUUCGUUGCAGCACUAUAUGCAAUAGCCAAGACCUGGAAGCAACCCAGAUGUCCAUCAACAGAGGAGUGGAUAAAGACAUGAUACAUAUACACAAUGGAAUAUUACUGAGCCAUAAAAAUGAAUGAAAUAAUGGUGUUUGCAGCAACAUGCAUGGACCUAGAAAUUAUCAUGCUAAGUGUAGUCAGGCAGUGAGACACAAACAACAUAUGCUAUCUCUUAUAUGUGGAAUCUAAUAAAAGGAUAUGAUGAACUUAUUUGCAGAACUGAAACUGACUUACAAACUUUGAAAAAAUUAUGGCUACCAAAGGAGACAGGUUGGAGGAGGGGAGGGAUGGGCUGGCAGCUUGGGAUGGAAAUGCUGUAAAAUUAGGUUGUAAUGAUGGUUGUACAACUAUAAAUGUAAUAAAAUGCAUUGAAUUUAAAAAUAACCUUUUGAGAUCCUCUCUGAAUGAAGUAAAAUCUGUAGUCACAGAGAUAUAGGUUAGAAAGAUGACAAAAAGAUUUUAAGGAGAGAAGACUCUGAAGCUGAAAGAGAGGAAAGGGAGUAGUCGUGGACUCUGCAAUGAAGGCAAUUCUCCAGAAAGGACCGAUUGGGUAAGAAGCUAUGGAGGGCAGUGUCUAUUACCUAUUUAUGAGUGUUGUGUACAGAUGGCGUUUGAUAAAUAGGUGUUGACUGUGUGAAGUGGCACCUAGAAAUGAGGGAGAAAAAUAGGAAAUGGAACCUAGGAGAACUCAGACAAACCUACUUGGCAAUUUUGCCUCAGCUGGUCCUGCUGGUACCUGAUUGUAUAAUUCUGUGUCGUAUAUUAUGCAUUAUGUAUAUAUCUUGUGUGCCGGUCCUCAUUGGCUCAAUGUCUUGUAAAAGCCUUAACAAGUAAAACUUUAACUCCUGUUUUGUUUUUAGUUUUCUUUGGUCUCUGCAUACCAUAGGCCCUCCACAAACAUUGCUGGCUGACUAACAGCCUGUGCUGGCAGCUAUCGGCCAGAGGAGGAAGAAAAUGUCUGAGUCAGCCUAGACUCAGCCAAGAACUACAGUCAAGUGUAAUUUUCUGCAUAAAUAUUGCAGGAUCUUUGCAUGCUCAAAAACAAACAAAAUUCUGAAGGACACAUUUUAUGAGAAUGAACCUUAGCCAUGCUCUAUUUUAGCAUAGCUGUAAGAAAUAAAAGAAAAUGAAAACUAAGUAUCUUCAGGAGGGUAAACAUCUCCCUAGAAAGAGCAAGUCAAAAAUUCCAAUUAGAGAUCAUCUCUAAAAAUAUAUUUUAUAUCCUUUGAUUUUUGCUAAAGACAGCCUGUGGUCGGUUUUCAUGGCUGGAGCAGCAACCCCCCUCCCCGCCCCUCCACCAACCCUACCAUUUGGUGACCUAGCUAGGCCCCUUCUGAUGCAGGACCUAGAUAUUAACAAAAACUUGGUUUCCCCAGGACACCAUUAUUUUAAACUCUCAGGUUAAAAUAUCAGAAGUGUACAAAUUUGUUUGCAUACAAUCUACUAUUCAUAUUUAAUAGUAAUAGCAAAUACCUCUUUAGUGCUUAUUUUGUGCCAGUCUAUGCUGGGGUGUUCAUCUUAUUUUCACAAUAACUUUGUCCUCAGUUUAUAAAGGAGAAAAUAAAACCAAAUUUGCCCCAGUCAGAGGCAAUGGUUAUCAGUAUAUUUACAGAAUUAUGCACUUAUUAACAUGAUCCAUUUUAGAAUAUUUUCAUCAUGCCAACAAGGAAGCUAUAUCCAUUAGCUGUCACUUCCUAUUCUUCUCGCCUUUCUCUUUUAGGCAAUUGCUAAUCUAUUUUCUCUUUCUAUAGAUUUGCCUCCUUUGGACAUUUCCAAAAAAAAAUCAAAUAAUGCAAUAUAUGAUCUUCUGCAACUGGCUUCUUUCAUGGGCAUUUGUAUUGUUUAUGCUCUCUAGCUAUUAUGAGUAAUGCUCCUAUAACUAUUCAUGUACAGGUUUUUGUGUGAACAUAAAUUUUCAAUUCUUUUGGGUACACACCUAGGAGUGAAAUUACUGCCUCAUAUGGCAACUCUAUGUUUAAUCUUUGGAAGAACUGCCAGACUGUUUUUCAACACAGCUGCAUUACUUCUAUCAGUGGUAUGUGAAGUUUCCAUUUCUGUACAUCUUUGUUAACAUUUAUUAUUAUCUGGCCUUUUGAUUCUAGCCAUCCUAUAUCUAGGUCUAAUGAAGUGAUAUCACAUUGUA